AUGGCCCAGACGGUUGACCAAGUACUGUUGGAGUGGCUCGAGGCAGCACCACGGGUGCCUCACCGGGACCGGCAGACGCUGCUGCUCAAGGAACUCAUGUCCCUCCAUGCACUGCAAGCCACUCGCUUGAACGCGGGAGAGUCCGACGAGGAGGAGGCAGAGCAGCGUAGCUGGAAGGACAAUCACACGCGGGCCGCGGCGAAGGUGAGCGCGGCACUGCGCCGUGCGUUUCUUGAUACCGUGGACACUGAUGUUGCACGUCGGCUCGCAGAGUCGCUGUCUGUGUCCACCGACGUAGAGUUGCUCUAUGGGGCCCUCGACACUCACUGCAUCAUGCUGCUCCACGUCGCCGGAAAUUAUCUGCGUCGACCGGCGCGGAAGCUGCGCGGUGUGGAGGACAUCAUCAACGAGCUCAGUGAAUUUCAGGAGUCGGUGCUGCUUCUUCGCGUCGACCUCACCUCGUCCGCGCAAAGCUCCCCCGCCACCGCUUCGCCACCCACCCUAGUUGGAGGUGUGUCGCAGGUGAAGAGCUGGGUGGAGCAGUGCACCGCAGAGCUCGAAAUCGGCACCCAGGUGACUUACUACGCCGACGCUGAAUGCUCACACGCCUUCUUCGACGUACGAAGCGUGUUUGUUUUCUCUGCCGACGGCGCCAAGGUGGAGCGCAUUGUGAGAGAGCUGUUGCCCCGUGGCGGCCACGGCCUCAACGAUGUGCUGCGCGGCGUCCGCUUUGGUGGGUUUUGCGUGGCGUGA